UGAUGUUCGAUUUAUUUUUUGUCUUUAAUUUUUUUUUAACAUACGUGUAACGUACCUUUAAUAUUGCAACAAAAUUGUAUUUUGUAACUGAUUUUACACUAUGAAAAAUAUUUUAUAUGAUAUAUUUGGAUAAUUUUCUAAACAUUUAAUAAAUCAGAGAAAUGAAAAAGUUACAAAUACUUCGUGUAGAUAAUGACUUAGUGCAAAAAGUGGAUUUAAAAAUAGGUAACAACAUUAUUAGUCGAAAAGUAGUAACUGCAUGUGAUAAUGAUCAAGUUAUAAAACAUGCUGCAAUAAUAAAUGUAAUGUCUAACAAUGAAAUGACAAUAACACCGUAUCAGGUUUCACCAUGUUACAUGAAAUCUACCGAAUCGUCGCGAUGGCAACUUCUUAAACUAGGUGUUACAGUUCCGAUAAAACCUGGAGAUGUGUGUACUCUAGUACCGGAGAAAUGUUGGUUUAAAAUUAUAUUAGUAUCUGACAAAAUGCAAAAUAAUGAAGACUAUACAUUAAAACGAAAAGCUAAUGAAGAUAUAGAUUCAGAUACUAUACAUGAUAAAAGGCUUUGUUCUGAAUCAGGAGAAGGUGACAAUUUACAAUAUAAUGUAUUGAACAAAAUGUUAAAUAAGAAUAAUGAUAUAACUAAAGUAAAAGUUGAAGAAAAUAUUAUCAAUGAAAAUAAUGUAUCAUAUGAUGAAAAUGAAGAUAAAACACAAAACUCAAAUUCUAUAUUAAAAUAUGAAUAUCAAAAUAUAAAUCAUUCAUCUACAACAGAAGAUGUUUCCAAAAUUCAAAAUGAAAAUAAAUCAAAUGAUAAACCUACAAACGAAAAAACUUUAAGUUUUAAGAAUUCAUAUUUGGCUUCCAUAAAUAUAAACAAUGAAAAAGUUACUACAAAAAAUAUACAAUCUCCUGUUUCAAAAGAAGGACAUGAAUCCAAGACAUCUACUAAUGUAACAGUUUGUAAUGUUUUUAGAAGAAACAAAUGCAAAUAUGGAAAGGAAUGUUACAGGAAAAAUUCACAACAUAGAGAUAAAUUUAGUCAUCCUGAUGAUCCUGAUUAUGAUAUUCCUGAUAAUAGAAAAAAGUGUCCUUAUGGUACUCAAUGUUAUCGUAAGAAUCCUCAACAUAAAAUACAAUUCAAACAUACUGGUAAAGAUAUUACAAAUAAACAUAAUAAACGAAACUAUAAACAAAUUCAGAAACAAUCUUUGGAUAUUUUAAGUGGUAUAGAAGAUUCAUCUGCAGAAGAAUCUGCUGAAGAAUCUGUUGAUGAAUCUGAAUAUGAACCUAGUGAUAUUGAAAGUUCAGAUGAUGAUGAAAUGUACUCUGACAAAAAUGAAAGUGAACAAGAAAAUAUAUAUAUGUCCAGUUGAUUAAGAGAUAGAUAUUUUUUUUAUUAUAAUAUGUUCGGAUAUUUUUAAAUUUAUCUAUGUAAU